UGUGCGUUUGAAAACGGUUUUUAUGUUGUAGACUACGGUUAAGGUGAACGAGAAUUUCUUUUGUUUAUUUAGUCAUUGCAUAAUCGCGUUUCUUAUCUUUGGCCCGCAAGUUAGAGAUAAUUGCUUGCAAUGACAUAUAUGUAUGUAUGUUCUAUGGCUCACUGCCCGAAUUUCAAAAAUCUUCAUCAAGAAGCGCUGGAGUAUAAAUAGAGAUGCGUUUAUAUUCGAAUUUGUAGUGCAAAACCAGCAUACGAGAUGAACAUUCUAAAUAAAAAAAUGUUGAUGAAAGCUGCGUUGUGGGUGCUCUUCUUGGGCACCGCUUCGACGGAUGGAUUGAACAAAACGAGGAAAGUGAAGCCUCUACCUUCCAACUGCGUCGAGGCAGUGAGCUUCGCAGGUACAGGGGCAAAAAGCGGCAUCUACCAAAUACGGUUACCGUUAGAAGGUUGGACGCAUCGACCCUUCUACGUUUACUGCUUACUCGAUCGCAAUGGCGGCGAUCCUUGGUUGUUGGUGCAGCGUAGGCAGAACGAUUCCAUCGACUUCUAUCGCACCUGGAACGAUUACACGACUGGCUUCGGAAACUUGGCCACAAGCUUCUGGAUUGGCCUGGAGAAACUGAAUGCGCUCACACAAGUGCAACUCCAUGAGCUACAAAUCGAAUUGCAUGAUUUCAAAGAUACUGUUAAGUACGCCAACUAUGAAAAGUUUGCUAUAGGGGAUGAUAACGAACAAUACGCCGUGAAUAUUUUGGAUUCAUAUUCUGGGAGUGCAGGCGAUUCCUUGCUUGGCAUUCAUGAUGGGGAAAAGUUCAGUACAUACGAUGUGGAUAACGACAAAUGGAAUGGGAAUUGUGCGGAAGACCUUAAAAGCGGUUGGUGGUUCAGCCAAUGCCAUCUGAGUAAUCUAAAUGGCGAGUAUCUCAAUGGUACUAACAAAGAUAACGACGGCAGAGGUAUCAUCUGGAAUUCAUGGCACGGUGAACAUUAUUCCUUGAAAUAUGCGCACAUGGCAAUCAGGCCAAGAUAAUGAAAUGAAAAGGAAUAGAAAUAAAUCAACAAUUUACAUAUAAACUAUUCGCUGUUCAUUUAUGAAUAUCUAAAAAAUCUUUUAUCUUUUUCCAUGACUUGUUUUUGUAACAGA